AUGAGCGUCGGCCACCAGGAUGGAUCACCGCCGCCAUCCUCAUCUCCAUGCUCUUCCAGAGCCCUGAUUUCGAACUAUUACCCGAUAGGACAUGACCUGAAGCACCCUGAUGACAGAUACCGCCUUGAACAUGAUCGGAACUCUUUCGAAAGUCAAGGGGUGCUUUCGCCGUUGCUUCCUGGCUCUCCACACGCCACCGCGCUUCGCAGCAACAGCAUUGAGAUGCAAGAUUCGGGGAUAUCAAGUCUUGAAAACGAAAGAGAGGCGCAACGUAUCAACCGAAAGAUGGAUUUGUACCUGCUCCCCCUCCUAUCGCUGCUGUAUCUGUUCAACGGCCUCGACAGGGGGAAUAUUGGCAAUGCGCAAACCCAAGGCUUCACGCAUGACAUCGGUGCCCUGCCGGAUGAUCUCAACCUUGCAGUGUCGCUCCUUUUCGUCACCUUUGUCCUGUUCCAGGUGCCCUCGGCCGCAGUGGGACAAUGGCUGGGGCCGAGCACGUGGCUGCCCAUCAUGAUGGUACCCAGUCCUCUCCAAGUUCCGUUGUUAUAUGUAUACCGCCAAGGACUAACCACUCGAUCAGCUCUGCUGGGGCCUCAUAACCACGAUUCAGCGGCUUUGAUAACGACUCGUCUCCUCAUCGGUGUCUUUGAAGCUGGCUUUUACCCCACAUGCAUCGUUUAUCUUGGCUCUUUCUAUUCCCGGUUCGACCUGGCCACGCGGAUUGGACUGUUUUAUGGACAGUAUGCCAUUGCAUCUGCCUUCUCGGGGGCCCUGUCAUAUGCCAUCUUUCAGGUCUCCCAUGCCUGGCUCAAGCCAUGGCAGCUUCUCUUCCUCAUCGAGGGGGUUCUCACCUGUGUGCUGGGAGCGGUAGCAUGGUUGUGGCUACCGACGGGACCUAGAGGCGCGUGGUUCCUGAGCCACAGCGAAAGGCAGUUUGUGGUGGACCGAGUCGGUGGCGUGGAACCCAAUGCUGCCAAAUACUCCAGCCUUACCCGGCGAGAUCUGGUCGAGACGCUGAGGGACUGGAAGCUGUGGUUUGUGCUGGUGUUCAACAUCUGCGCCAGCGUGCCCGUCACGGCUUUCUCCGUCUUCCUCCCGCUGGUUGUGCAGGCGGUGUGCGGGGCGGUCGGGCUCUACCUGUUCGCAUCCAGCUCGGAUCGGCACAGGGAGCGGGGAUGGCACAUUGUCGGAGCACUGGUGGUGGCGCUUGGGGGACUCGUCGGGGUGGUCGGAUCGGUCAGCAACGCAGCCAAGUAUGCGUCGCUGUGUGUGUUUCUUUUUGGCAGCUACGUGCCGCCCCCGCUCACCGUGGCCUGGCUCAGCGGCAACACACCGACGGCUGGGAAGAGGGCGCUGGUGGUGGGCGCGAAUGGGCUGGGAAACCUGGCGGGCGCCAUCGGGUCGCAGCUCUACCGAGCCGAGUAUGCACCCGGGUACAAACUGCCGCUGGUGGUGACGUUGGGAUUCGUCGGUGUUGCCCUCACCGGUUAUGUAGCGUAUCGUUACACACUGUGGGCGGUGAACGCGCGCAGGGCGGCCAUUAGGAAAUCGAAAAGCGCCGAGCAGAUAGAGGCCGAGCGUGUCGACUCUGUCAGACAUGCAGACCGCAAAUGGGUGUUUGUAUACGACCUGUAA